CAAAGCAUCAUUACCAACAACAACAACAACAACAACAUUCUUCCUUCUCGAUCUCCUUCUACCCCAGCGACCGCAGCCUCUUCACCGAGGCCCCCGGAGGAGAGAGAACCUAGAGAGAUAAAACCUAUACAUACAUAUAUAUGCAUAUACAUACAGAGAGAGAGAGAGAGAUCCAUUCAUGGCGUCUUGACUUUUAAAUUUUUUUUUUUUUCUGGAUCACUGAUCUCAAAUUCGCAUUAACAGGGUUUGUUGGUUGAAACCCACAUUUGAAUUUAUGCCAAUCCAUUUUCUGAAUAUGGGAAUUCAAUUAUGUGAAGUGGAAGUGGGAGUUGGAAAAUGUGGAGAUAUAUUUGAGUUGAGAUUAUCUACCAGGGUUUGAUUGGUUUACUUAUUGAGAGGGUGAGGAGGGAAGUAUCUGUAUUUGUAUAUAAAAAGAUGGAUGAUGUGGCUGCUCUUAUGGAGGUAGCAGGAUCCAGAUUUACUGAUCUGGAGCUGAUUGGAAGGGGGUCUUUCGGAGAUGUCUAUAAAGCGUUUGAUAAAGAGCUUCAAAAAUUGGUUGCUAUUAAAGUUAUUGACUUGGAGGAAUCAGAGGAUGAAAUCGAUGACAUUCAGAAGGAAAUUGCAGUUCUAUCACAAUGUCGAUCACCUUAUAUUACGGAAUAUUAUGGGUCAUAUCUCCAACAAACCAAACUAUGGAUAAUAAUGGAAUACAUGGCUGGGGGCUCAGUUGCUGAUCUAAUUCAACCCGGCCAGCCACUGGAUGAGCCAUCUAUUGCUUGCAUUUUACGUGACUUGCUGCAUGCAAUUGAAUAUCUCCACAAUGAAGGGAAAAUCCACAGAGAUAUUAAAGCGGCAAACAUUUUGUUGACAGAGAAUGGUGAUGUUAAGGUUGCCGACUUUGGUGUUUCUGCACAAUUAACAAGAACAAUCUCAAGAAGAAAGACUUUUGUAGGAACUCCAUUUUGGAUGGCUCCGGAGGUAAUUCAAAAUUCGGAAGGAUACAACGAGAAGGCAGAUAUUUGGUCUCUAGGGAUAACCAUAAUUGAAAUGGCUAAAGGGGAACCGCCACUUGCAGAUCUCCACCCAAUGAGGGUUCUUUUCAUUAUACCUCGGGAAAAUCCACCACAGCUAGAGGAGCAUUUUUCUAAACCUAUGAAAGAAUUUGUCUCGUUGUGUUUAAAGAAGGUGCCUGCUGAGAGGUCAAGUGCCAAGGAACUUCUGAAGCACCGUUUCAUCAAGACUGCUAGGAAAAGCCCAAAGCUUUUGGAGAGAAUAAGAGAUCGGCCCAAGUACCAAAUGAAGGAAGAUGGAGAAACCCCUAAAAAUGGUCCUACACCUCUAGGGGAGGCAUCUGGCACUGUGAAGGUGAUGAGAGACUCAAAAGGUGAAGAAGCUGUUCAAGCCAGCCAAGAGAAGACCUUGAGAAAUGCUGGAUGGGACUUCAGUAUUGGUGGUGCUAGUACUGGAACAGUGCGAAGUGUCGUAAGACCACCUCAAGCUAGAGACAGGAAACCAGAGGUUUUGCACAAUCCCGGUGUUCCAAGAAAAGCACCAGAUGAUGGUAAUCGGUGGUCUUCUCCUUCUCGAGAUGAAGUUGGGAAAGAUGCUAGAGAUCAAUACUUCGAUGAAAAACAAGAAUAUUACCUUGAAGACGAAGAAUUAUCGAUGGGUGGGACAGGAACUGUUGUUGUACGAUCUCCGAGAGUUCAGUCAUCUUCCCUGUUUAAUGGCCAACGUACUUCAUCUAGCAGCACAUAUGCUUCUUUUGAGGAUGCUUCUACCAGUGGCACUUUUGUCUACCGUGGACAACAUGAUGAUUCAGAUUCUCCUCGAACUCCAAAGUCAAGACUGGGUAUCGUAGAGAGAUCUUCUAGCACAUCUGAAGACAGUGUGAUGAACCUUGCAGAGGCAAAAGCUGCAAUGCAAGGAGGAUUAAGGAAAGGAAAUGCUCGGGAAAGAUCUGCGUUGGCCAGGAUCAAUAGAGAUAGGGAAGAAAGUAGUAAAUCAGAUAGAUUUACAAAUAACUCUGAUUCUUCAAGACAUUCUCGCGAUUACUUAGCUGUACAAGUAUUUCCAAGAUCACGCCAAGCUAGUGACGAGGAAGACAGAGCCAGAAUUGCUGCAGCAUCAUUAUCCACCCCGUUAUCAAUUUUGCUAAUCCCUUCAUUAAAAGAGGCCAUUGCUGAUGAUUCAGAAGGGCCAGUUGUGCGUGCAGCAGUGAAUUCACUCAUGGAUUUGGAGCGCAUGAAGCCGGGGUCUAGUGAAGUUUUUGUCACCAGGUUGCUUCAGCGGCUUGGAAGUUCGAAGGAAUCUUCGUUGAAAGAUCUGCAGGAGCUGGCAGCUCGUGUGUUUACCAAGGGCAAAAUGGCUCCUGAACAAGCAGAGAAUGCAAAUCCAGAAGCCGAUAGCAGGAAAAAGCAACCAAAUAAAGAAUUUCAUUCAAACACCAAUUUAAGCCCACUAGCAAGGUUCUUGCUCUCAAGAUGGAAAGGCCAAGUUUCAGGAGAUUUAAACCCAGCAUAGAGAAGGUUGGAACAUUGUUUGUGUCUAUGCUUUUAUAGUGUGUUUUUGUUUAUUGAUUAAUUUUGAUUGGAUGUACAUAUCAUCACUGUAUGAUCUCUAUUUAAAAAAAUUUUUUCCCUUCAGCCCAAGUGAAUUUAUUAUUAUUCUUUAUACUUUUCCUUUUGGUAGUUUGAAGCCUUGAUGUAUAAUUAGGUUCAUAUAGUGGGUGCUCUUGUAAUAUUAAUAACUAGUUCUAGUAGUUAUUCAUCAUUUUGUUGCAAAUUUUCUGCAAUUUUCUUA